CGACUCUAUCCUGCCACUUUUUCCUUUCUUUUUCUCUUCCACCUCUUUCCACAGGUAACAUUCCACCAUUUUCUUCUUUUUCCCCCUUUUCUUUACUAUGCAUAUAUUUACUUAAGUUUCUGCAAUUUAACGUAGUCCAUCCUCCACCCAAUUCCAGCAAAAUUCAUGAAAUCUUAGCUCUUAAGUUUCGCUUAAAAUAAAUAAAAUCUCUCAACUUUUCUUGAAGUAAACACUUUUUUCUUCCUUAUUGGUCUCAUUAUCUUCAACAUUUCUAAAAACUUUAUAUGCUUCUUCUUCCGCCACUACCACCCAGUAACUUCAUUUCUACCUUCUCUUUUUUAGAUUUAACAUGUACUAAGUCGCGUACCCAUUAACUCUCUGCCAUGUACAUGUAUUUUUUUUUUUUUUUCUGAAGUUGGAGAAGAAUUAUGUUCUGGAUUAAUUCAAGUUUGGUAAGAUCAUUGAGUUCAGAUCAUGGUGUAAUUGGGUUUUGAUUUUUGUGUUCUAACUUUUUGUGGGUUGGUUUCAGACUUAAAUUUUUGUGUGUGAUUAAUGUUGGGAUGAAAUCAUUGUACUUUUGGAUUGAAGUUGAUUAUGGGAGUAAUGGGUUUUGAGAGAUCCGGUGUGGGGUUCAAGAAUUUGAAGAUCUGUGCUCAAAUCUAUGUGGGGUUUCUGCUGAUUUGUUUAGCGAGAUUCUCGGUUGGAUUGACUAAUCCUUCUGAUGUUGCUGCAAUUAAUAGCUUAUACACUGCAAUGGGCAACCCUGUACUACCUGGGUGGGUUGCUUCUGGGGGAGACCCAUGUGCUGAAGCUUGGCAAGGCGUGCAAUGUAAUGGUUCAAACAUAUUGAGCAUAGUUCUUAAUGCUGCUAAUUUGGGAGGAGAACUGGGCGAUAACUUGGCGAUGUUUUCUUCUAUCAAGGCAAUAGAUCUAAGCAACAACCACAUCGGAGGCAGUAUUCCAUCCAAUUUGCCUGCUACCAUGCAAAACUUUUUUCUUUCAGCCAAUCAGUUCAGUGGAAGCAUACCAGAUUCACUUUCUACUUUGAUUCUAUUGACUGACAUGUCUCUAAAUGACAACCAUUUGAGUGGACAGAUACCAGAUGCUUUUGAAGCCCUUACUGGAUUGAUCAACCUGGAUUUGUCCAAUAACAAUUUGAGUGGGCACUUGCCUUCUUCUAUGGAGAACUUGUCACGUCUGACAACCCUACGUUUGCAGGCCAAUCAGCUAUCUGGAACGCUUGACGUUUUACAAGAUCUCCCUCUAAGGGAUUUGAAUGUAGAGAACAAUCUUUUCUCUGGGCCCAUACCAGUAAAAAUGCUGAACAUCCCAAACUUCAGAAAAGAUGGAAACCCAUUUAAUUCCACUAUAGCUCCACUACCUCCUCCUACAUCACCAUUGUCACCAACACGUGCACCACCUCCUUCUGGGACCCCACCUUCUGGAUGGGUGCCACCUUCUGGACAAGCCCCAGGAAAACGUGCAGAUGGGCCAUCUGCAGCAGAGGGAUCUGGUACUGAAGGGAAGAAGAAAUUUUUAACUACCAAAAGGGUGGUCUGGAUAUCAAUUGCAGUGGUGAUAUCAUUUAUAGUUCUGGUAUUAGUAUGUUUACUUCUUAUUCCAAAGUGUACCAGAAGGAGGGAAGAGGCUGACGAAAUUUUCAAGCGGCAUCAAGUAGGUGCAUACAGAGGCAACAGAGAGCAUCCUGGAGAUGAAGGCUCCCUGCCAACUAAUCAUAUGGAUAAAGUUUCACAAGAGGUUAAUACCAGACCUAAGGAUGAUGUUUGGGCAGGGACCAGAAGAAUGGGAGCAAUCCCAAAGCUAUGGAAUGAGCAAGAGAAGAAUGUGCAACGGAUGGGCACAGAACCAAAGCUACAUGAACAUGAGAUAGAAAUGAUGUUGACGCCCCCUCCCCCUCCCCCCCCACCAGCCCCUCCUGCUGACAUACCUAGAGCAAAGCCUUCUGCCAGAACUCCAAAGCUGUCCUCUUCUGCAAGGUCUUUCACCAUUGCAACCCUUCAACAAUAUACAAACAGCUUUUCUCAAGAAAGUCUUAUAGGGGGUGGUAUGCUGGGGAGUGUUUAUAGAGCAGAACUUCCAGAUGGGAAGGUACUUGCAGUUAAGAAAUUGGACAAGAGGGCAUUGAGUCAGCAAAAUGAUGUUGACUUUAUUGAGCUAGUAAACAAUAUUGAUAGAAUCAGGCAUGCACAUGUUGUUGAGCUGGUAGGUUACUGUGCAGAGCAUGGUCAAAGGCUUCUGAUCUAUGAGUACUGUAGUAAUGGGUCGCUCCAGGAUGCACUUCACUCUGAUGAUGAUUUCAAAAAGAAGCUUUCAUGGAAUACCCGCAUUCACAUGGCGCUUGGAGCUGCUAGAGCCUUAGAGUAUCUGCAUGAGGUUUGCCACCCACCUGUUGUCCACAGAAAUUUCAAGGCUGCCAAUGUUCUCCUGGAUGAGGAACUUAACGUGCAUGUAUCUGAUUGUGGUUUGGCUCCGUUAAUAUCGUCAGGAUCGGUUAGUCAGUUGUCAGGACAAAUUCUAACGGCAUAUGGCUAUGGAGCACCAGAAUUCGAGUCUGGAAUUUAUACUUCUCAGAGUGAUGUAUAUAGCUUUGGGGUAGUCAUGCUAGAACUAUUAACGGGCAGGAAGUCACAUGACAAAACAAGGAGCCGAGUGGAGCAAUUUCUAGUAAGAUGGGCUAUUCCCCAGCUUCAUGAUAUUGAUGCAUUGUCAAGGAUGGUUGAUCCUUCUCUUGAUGGACAGUAUCCUGCUAAAUCAUUAUCUCACUUUGCUGAUAUAAUUUCUCGCUGUGUUCAGUCCGAGCCAGAAUUCAGGCCACCCAUGUCUGAAGUUGUCCAAGAUCUGUUAGACAUGAUACGAAGAGAAGGUCCCAGCAAUGAAUCCAUUGGGGCUAAAUUUAUGUCAUAGUAAUAAAACUAGUGAUAUCAGUUUGUGAAUUGUGCGUUUGCACAUAGAUUCAAUCCAUCCAAUGUUGAUCCAAGAAGAGACAUCUACUGUAAAGAGGCUGCGGACAGGUGCUCCUACUAACACACUCAACUUACAUCCCGAGCUCAUGCCUGAGAGAGGUUUUGAAGGUAAUUAGCUAGGAGCCUUAGCGCGCUGUAACUCCGACGAGCCUGAUUCUUUGGAUCUACCAUUUGUAGUCAUCCCUAGCUUGGUUCAUUAAAUCAUGUUAACAAUAUAUAUCCUUGUUUUGGCAGAAAUAUGCUAACCUUGAUUGUUUCAUUGUUGUUAUCUGUCACUGAUUCAUGAUAAUGAUAUUCUUUUUGUGGUAAUUACAUUGCAUGUCCCAUUGUACUCUAUGCUUGGUUUUUCUAUUCUAAAUCAAUUUUCCCUUUUUAG